CAGCAAAUAUAAAUACCCAAGUUCGUAUCUAUGAACCUUCUCUUCCCCUGAACCUACCUCUCAAAGCUUGUCUCUUUCUCUAACAAGUCUUUCGCUAAAGUCUCAUCAUCGAUUCAAUGCCACAAGUCGUUUCUUCAGUAUGCACCGGUGGCUCGGACCGGAAAAUCUCAUGCGAGUCUCUCGCCGUCGCCGAAGACAACAGCAAGGAAGACUCAACUCAUGACCCGAAGAUCCGACCCGUUUCAAUCUCCUCCGUCGAUUUCCCACCGGAAUCUUACUCGUUAUCAAAAGAAGAACAGCUCGAGUGGCUUAACGACAACGCCUUCUUCGAACGCAAAGAAUCACAGAAACGUAACUCAUCCACUCCUAAUUCGAACCCGAAUUCGAACCCUAACUCGAGCUCGCAACGAGUCUCUCUCAAAUCAAAGGCGUCGAUCAUCAGAUUACCGAAACCACAGAAUACUUGUUUCAAUGAAGCGAAGAAGCGGAGGAACUGCAGAAUCGCCAGGACUCUGAUGAUCCCGAAACGGAUCGGGUCGAGGUUGAAAUCGGAUCCUUCGUUAUCGGAGCCUUCCUCCCCUAAGGUUUCUUGCAUCGGAAGGGUGAGAUCUAAACGCGACCGUAGCCGACGGAUUCAGAGACAAAAAUCCGGUUCAUUUAAAGAUAAACCGGUUCGGGUUAAGAAACCCGGGUUUUUCGCUAGCUUCAGAGCCAUCUUCAGAACCGGUGGCGGUUGCAAAGACGUAUCAGCUCACGCGCCGCGUAAAGAUGCCGUCGUACCCACUCCGGCGAGGGUUUCAGCUAGGAGAUCGACGGAUAUCAGAGGAAGGCUUCCGCCUGAAGAAGUUUCGCCGACGAGGAACAGUACCGGUUCGAGGAGAUCAUUAGACUGUGGCGGUGAUGAACCGGUGUUGCCUGGUUUAGGUGGGAUGACACGGUUUACUUCGGGGAGAAGACCGGAUUUGUUGGUUGAGGCGUGACGUGCGGCGUUUCGGUGGGGGACUGGCGGGGCCCAGCUUUGGAAAAACAAAACAAAAGGAUUGUGAUUGGUUUGGUUGGCCACGUGGGGUCCAGGAGCGUGUGUGUAUAGUUUUGCAAAGUCGUUGGCGGUGAUGACGUGGCGAGUGGUUUUAACUUUUUAACGGAGUUAGGAACACGGCACAUAUAUUGUGAGAGCUUAAAACGCGGACGCUUUUUCUUGGCUUGCGUUAAAAAAAGAUUGCGUUUCAACUACUUUUCACCGUUUUGUUAUUAUCUUAUUGGUACGGUUUUUUCCUUUCUUCUUUAAGACUUUUGAUUUUGGAUUUAGUUUUUGGUUAAUACUUACAUAUAGGUGUUGUUAAUUUAUUUUUGUAUAUGUGCUUUUUUGUUUAGAGUGGAAUAAUACAAUUAAAAGAUAGUUUGUGAACAGUCAAUAUAUGCUCUUUAAGGAAGAUUUUACUUCUCUUU